CGUGCAUGGAGCGAGUUUGCUGGCCUUACUUCGAUCCUGAGUACGAGAACUUAAGCCAGAGAAUAAAUCCUCCAAGGGUUUCUAUCGACAAUGCUACUUGCAGCGACUGCACGCUUGUCAAGUCUUUAUACAGUGGGGCCUACAGAUUAACGGUCUAGAUCAUCACGUGAUGGGGCAGAAUGGGCAUUCCCCCAAGUGAACCUCCCUGGUGAAUGGUGAUUGAGAAGUUCACAACACUUUCAGAUGUACACAUGGCAUUGCUGGCAAAAGCUAAAUCGUGGCACACUUGUGUGGAGAUCUGGCCGUUGAUCGUAGGGUACACUGUCAGCAUGGCCUGGCCCAAAAAUCAGAUGGGUUCGCGCAUCAACUAGACCAUAUAUCUACGUGAAUAUGGACUAACCAUUGGUGUAUUAAUUUUUUUGGCACAAAAGGGCCAUCCAUGUGAUUUUUGGGCCAGCCCAUGCUCAUAGUGCAGCCUAGUUGAAUAAUUACCUGAAUGUCUCACACGUGUGCAUCUUUGGCACAUGCGGAGAGAACGAAUGGUGGGGUGAAUGAAGAAGGUGGGUGCAGGUGGACAGCGUGAACAAGCCAGGGAUACUGCUGGAAGUGGUGCAGGUACUCACUGAUCUCGACCUAACCAUCUCCAAAGCUUACAUCUCCUCUGAUGGGGGAUGGUUCAUGGAUGCAACAACCCUUCCUUUUGGUGGCAGUAUUCCACGUUACAGACCAACAGGGGAAUAAACUAACGGACAGAAAAACCAUUGAAGACAUCGAGAAGGCUCUGGGACCAAAGAGCAACAUUCUAUCGACAGAUGGGAAGAGUUGGACCGGGAAGAGGGUGGGUGUACACUCCAUUGGUGAUUACACAGCCAUUGAGCUUGUUGGCACAGACCGCCCUGGCCUCCUCUCUGAGAUCUCUGCCGUCCUUGCCAACUUCCAUUGCAACGUGGUGGCUGCAGAGGUGUGGACACACAACAUGCGUGUAGCCUGUGUCGUCUACAUCAAUGAUGAUGCCACUUGUCGUGCUGUAGAUGACCCGAAGCGGUUAUCUGCAAUGGAAGAGCAACUCAGGAAUGUUCUCCGUGGACGUGAUGAAGAUGGCAAGGGAGCCUGCACUAGUUUCUCCAUGGGCUUCACUCACACAGAUCGCCGCCUCCACCAGAUGAUGUUUGCUGACCGAGACUAUGAAGGUGGUGGAGUGCUUGAGGGGGAUGGUAUUGUCUCUUCCAGACCAAUCAUCACUGUUGAUCGGUGUGAGGACAAGGGCUACUUGCUAGUGAAUGUCCGGUGCAAAGAUCGGCCAAAGUUACUGUUUGACACUGUGUGCACACUUACGGACAUGCAGUAUCUUGUCUUUCAUGCGUCCAUUGUCUCCGAUGGCCCCUAUGCACUACAGGAGUACUAUAUACGUCAUGUGGACGGUUGUUCCCUUGAUCCACUAGGUGAAAAGGAGAGGGUCAUCAAAUGUAUGGAAGCUGCAAUCCGACGAAGAGUAUCUGAGGGUCUGAGCUUGGAGCUCUGUGCAAGGGACAGAGUAGGGCUGCUGUCGGACGUAACUAGGGUUCUUCGUGAGAAUGGUUUGUCUGUCACUAGGGCAGGAGUCACAACGGUCGGAGACCAGGCGAUGAAUGUCUUUUAUGUGAGGGAUGCUUCUGGGAACCCAGUAGACAUGAAGACCAUCGAAUCACUCCGUCAAGAGAUUGGCCACACCAUGAUGCUUAAUGUUAAGAAAGUGCCCACUAAUGCGGAGGCGCCUGAGUCUAGUGGGUGGGCCAAAACCAGCCUCUCUUUCGGAAGUCUGUUUGAGCGAUUCUUGGCUUGAUCGUAUGAUAAAAAAGAACUGUUGAGAGCAAAUCUUCCAUCAAAGGCAUGUGAAGGUUUUGCCAUUUCACAUAAAGCGCCUAACUAACGUUGAAAAAUCCAUGAACUAAACAUACAGGCAAGACUGAAUGUUUUGUUCAUUAAUGGACUCUGUUCACACAAAUGUUCCCGUUGUAUAUACAGUAUGAAAGAAGCUCUUGUGAUAUAGUGAGGAGACUUGUGUUUGUUAACAACAUGCUAUAGUAUUUUCUCUCUUUCAAU